CUUAGCAGGCGCGGAGUGUCCUACUGAAAGACUAUUUUUACUAAAUGUACUUCUGAAACUUUUGUCGGAAACAGCCAAUACUUGCUAAACAAGCUAGGUCGUUUUAGCUGUUAAGAUUUCUGUAAUAGCGCCUCCAUUAUUGAGGUAUUUUGUUCAGCUGAAGUAUCCUAGCUUGCUAGUUAGCUUGUGCCCCAGCUAGAACUCUUUGGUGCGAAGUUUAAAAUGAGAUGGAUAAUCAAACUACCAUACAAUCCUCUUAGCAUCGUACGUUUGUAUUUCAUUUUCAUGUGUUGUUUUUGAGUACUCUGAACGCCUCUGAUCAGCUGCCAAAACAAGUUAGCCUCGGUAACUCGUUACUUUACCUUCGUAACAUGCUCAGGAACGCUUAGGUGUGUUGCACACAGACAGUAAAAGAGGUUGCACAUUUGUAAUAUUCGCAUGUGAAAUAUAACGUUAGGCUAAAGUGUAUUAACAAAAUUAGUUCAAUUCUAGCGUAGCAUAUAAAAUCGUUUGCAAAUAAACAGGAUCACAAUUAAAAGACGGAUCGAUUAAAUAUCAACCAAUGGACUUUGUUUUCCCAUGUUUGUCAAGUUGUCAGGAUAAUGGGACAGAUCCCUGACUUGAUGAAGUUUUGCCUAGCGAGUGGUUAAUAAAAAGCGACAUGAUUUUGACGCAGUGCUCAACACAGGCAUGUCGAGAUAUAAUAUAACUGACAGCUUUACUUCUUUUGACAGUUAAAUUAUCAGAUACAACAAAACAAAUUAAACUGUACCAAAAAUUAAGCCCUUUUUUAUGUCAAGAGAAAUGCUGCCAAAGCAGCCUGGAGUUUAAUUUGAAAGGAGAUGGGCCUGGGGGGGGGGGUUGUCUCUACUGAGCAGCUGGCCAAAAAAUGGGAAAAUCUGAAAAGGGAAUACAAGUUGUCAAAUUUGUGUUCAGUAAUUGAAGUGUCCGGUUCCUGGCAUGGAAAAAGAGGCAGAGAAGGGGAUUGCCACUUGGCACUUGUUCAGCCUGUUGGACAAGGCCCUGGGGGACCAGUUUCCCUCAUCUCCAGUGGUCAGCACAGCAGAGGACAGGUUUGCUAGCCUUCCCACUAAGAGAGUGUGUCUGGUGCAAGUGGGGAACAACGCCUUGGAGCUGCUCCCAAACACACUGUUGCCAGAUAAGACUGAGACUGUAAACGCUCCCACAGGCCACAACAGCAGAGUGAUGAAGCAGUUUGACACGGACCUGAAGACUGAUAUUACCAACCUGAGGAGGGACAGGCUGGGGUUGGAGCGGGAACAGGCAGAGGUGGAUAGAGAGCGUCUGCUGCUGGAGAGAGAGAGGAGACUCCUGGAGAGGGAGAUGAUAGCCAUGGUGAGAGACAAAACACAGCUAGAGAAGGACUGGGUCAACGUGGAACGAGACAAAGCGGCUGUGGAACGGGACAAGGUCAGCCUUGAGAAGGACAUGGCAUCACUGGAAAGGGAGAAGGUGGCAGUGGCAAGGGAGAGGGAAAGGUUAAAGAGAGAGCAUGAGAAAAAUGUUUCCCACAAUGAAGUUGACUCUGCGGCUCUUGAGGACAGGCAGAAAUUGAGGUCUUUAUUUGAGAGACUUGUUGAGAAAUUUUAAACUCACAUAUACUGCACCAAAGGCAAGUUGAGAAAGACCAUAAAUAAGACCUGAACUUGAACAUUGAAUGUAUUCACAGUACGUCGAUUCACGUUAUCACCACAUUAUCACAUGUGCUUUCUUUUUCUCUGAAUCCUUUUUGUCAUUAUUUAAACCAUUCACAAUAGGCACUCAGUGGCAUGUACCAAUACCGUUGUUUUCAUUUGUAAGGCGACAAGGUGCAAGAUACACAACUUUUAAACUAUAAUGGGCAAGAACAUUCAAACACAGAUGAAAUAUAGAUGAAGUUCACAAGUUUGAAUUGUUUGUUCAAAUCUAAAUGUUUGAACUGUUGGACUGUCAUACCUUAGUUGGCCUCUGGUGGCCAAUCUUUCUCGUUUUUGGAUGAUGUACUUACUGUUGAUUAUGUCCAAAAUUGUUCUGGAAGACAUUGCUAUUCAGUUUGUGAAAUCAGGCUGAAUCUUUGUUAAAAUAAAAAAUCCCAAAUUGUCAUCUUAUAUGAUUUAACUCAUAAUAUCUUUUCAGAUGUUUGUGGUCAGAUUACCAAGGAAACUGAUUAACUUCCUGCAUCUGAACAAUCUGAUUACAACAGCAAUCUACAGGAUCUUCGGUCUACAACCUCACAGGCUGUCACUUGACCAUUUACAGUGCCAUUUUCAACGUUGAAAAAAUUAAAUUCAAAUUGAUAUGAACAAUGACAA